CAAUAAAGUGUUGCAACACGGUUUCUUGACGAACACAUGCACAUGCACUACAUUUAUUGUAAACUCUCUCAACUAACCGUUUGUUAUAAGCUAAGCUUUCAAUAAUAAUAUGAUUUGAUGUGCAUUAGCUUGGUCAAAUCGAUCAUUGCUAUAUAAUCCCAUCCCUUCGGCCCUCGACUUCUCAUCCCUACUCGAUAUCAUCAUCUAAAAAUACCCGUACGUAAUUAAUCACUACGUACUAAGAUGACUUGUAGCAAAGUAUUCAUGUUUUUGGUCCUUGGUGCACUAGUAUGCACUACUUGUACUAGUGCUAGGAAGCUAUUGAGUACCUCUAGUUCUUUCGAAGAUGAGAAGUUCUUUGGCCACGGUGGUGGCUUAGGUGGAGGUGGUGGGUUUGGCAAGGGAGGCGGUGUUGGCCUUGGAGGUGGUGCUGGAGGCGGAGCUGGCUAUGGAGGCGGUGUUGGGGCUGGUGGGGGUCUUGGUGGCGGAGGUGGUGGAGGUCUUGGAGGAGGUGGUGGUGGUGGUGGUGGACUAGGUGGUGGAUUAGGCGGAGGAGCAGGUGGUGGUGCGGGUUUCGGUGGUGGUAAAGGUGGUGGACUAGGUGGUGGUGCCGGGUAUGGAGCAGGAGGUGGAGGUGGAGCUGGUGGUGGUGGUGGACUAGGUGGAGGAGCGGGUGGAGGUGGAGGGCUUGGUGGUGGUGGCGGUAGUGGACUAGGUGGUGGGGCUGGUGCAGGCGGAGGUUCCGGGUAUGGAGCUGGUGGUGGAUUAGGUGGAGGAGCUGGUGGUGGUGGUGGACUAGGUGGAGGAGCUGGUGGUGGUGGAGGACUUGGUGGUGGUGGUGGACUAGGUGGAGGAGCAGGUGGUGGUGCUGGAUAUGGAGCAGGAGCUGGAGCUGGAGGAGGAUUAGGUGGAGGAGCAGGUGGUGGUGGAGGGCUUGGUGGUGGAGGUGGUGGCGGCCUUGGUGGUGGUUCAGGCGGUGGAUUUGGUGGAGGUGUUGGUGCUGGUAGUGGAAUAGGACAUGGAUUCCCUUGAAAGUGAUAUCAUGCUUGUUUUCCUAGUGUACUACAUACCCUGGCUACUACGUACCAUAUGUAUUACUCCGUAUUGUAUUAAUCUAGAAUGGGAGAUUUAACUCUCUUAUUCGAGUUUUUAUUGGUACUUAUUUUGCAAUAUUGUACUGAUAAGUCUAAAUCCGUCUAUUACUAAAGUUUUAAUUCAUAAAUGAAGUCGAUAACUAUCAUUUCCUAGUUUGUUA